GCGCCUGCAAACAAAAAACGCAGCGCCGUCAUCAUGAGUGGCUGCCCGAACGCCACCACCGCUUGCGCUGCGCCGUGGGCCACCGCUCCGCCGGCGCCCCAGAGCGAGUUGAGUUUAUUGCUGGCCUUGGUGAACCUGGUAACUCACCUGCCCUUCACUGACCUGCCGGUCCUUCGAGACUACCAGCUGGGCCCGCUGCGGCAGGAGUACGACUACGUCAUCGUGGGCGGCGGCUCUGCGGGCUCCGUGAUCGCCAACCGGCUCUCCGCGAACGCGAGCGUCACGGUGCUGCUUCUAGAAGCCGGAGGACUGGAGACGCCCUCGCGGCAGAUCCCGGCUGCCGCGCCGUUCAACCUCAGGGGUCACGACGAUUGGGACUACUGGACCGUUCCGCAAAGGAACGCCGCGUUCGCUUAUCGCGACCAGCGGCUGUCCCUCUCCCGCGGCAAGGUGCUCGGCGGCAGCAGCGUUCUGAACUUCAUGGCUUAUACCCGCGGAAACCCGAAAGACUACGACCGGUGGGCCAGCAAGUACGGCGCCAAGGGCUGGUCGUACGAGGAGGUCUUGCCACACUUCAAGGACAUCGAAGACUACCGCGUGGGGACGCCAGACCAGUACCAUGGAACAGGCGGCGAAGUACCAGUGAAUUACGCCAAUACCAGCACGCGCCUCAGUCAGCUUCUUGUGGAGGCGUGCAAGCAGUCGAGUUACCCCUACGUCGACUUCAAUGGCGCCACGCAGUCAGGCUGCUCUCGCAUGCAGACGAAUGUGGCGGACGGCGAGCGCUACAGCGCCAGCAAAGCUUUCAUACGGCCCAUCGUCGGGGCACGCAAGAACCUGCACGUGGCACUAUUCAGCCAGGUCACAAAGGUGAACUUCAAAGGGAAGCGCGCCAUGGGCGUGUCGUUCACGAGGUACGGGCAGCCGCAGAGCGUAUCGGCAAGGCGAGAGGUCAUCCUAUCUGCAGGAACCGUUGGCUCCACUCAGCUGUUACUUCUCUCCGGCGUGGGGCCCAAAGAGCAGCUGGAGAGGCUGAAGAUUCCCGUGGUCGCCGACCUUCCGGUGGGACGUAACCUGCAGGACCACCCAGCUAUCAUGUUGGGGUUUCCCAUCAGUACAGACGUGGAUGCCGGCAUUGAACCCUUCAGCCUGGACGACAUAGCGCAAUACGCCAGCAACAGAACCGGUACGAUAUCCAUACCCAUCGGCUGCGAGUUCGUGCAGUUCUUGCACACCGACUAUUCGACGGAUCCCGACGUCCCGGACGUCGAAAUUGCGCUGAUUUCUACCUCCCCAUCAAGUCAACUACUCAAGGAUUCAAUGGCAGAACUCGGCCUACUGCCAGAGGCUUUCGACGGCCUUAUUGGACCCAUAAACGGUCGGCCCGGCUUUCGUGUGGUGUCGAUUUUGAACCGGCCAAAAUCGCGAGGCUCCAUUUCCUUGCGCUCAGCAGAUCCCAACGACUACCCAGAUAUAGACCCAAACAUCCUCGAGCACCCUGACGACCUCAUGGCGGUAACUCAAGGCACAAAAACUUUCAUCGACCGGGUGCUGAAUACGGAUGCUAUGAGAAGCAUCGGUGCCAAGCCGUGGAACGUCACGUUUCCUCCGUGCGCCGGGGCAGGAGCACGGUGGAGUCGACAGUACAUCGAGUGCGUCUUCCGGCACGGCGCUCAAACGGUGUGGCAUCUCUGCUGCACCAUGGCCAUGGGAACGCACCCGGAGGCAGUGCUUGACGAACGUCUCCGGGUCCGAGGCGGCUUGACUGGCUUGCGCGUGGCUGACGCUUCAGUGAUGCCCGACAUCAUAACUGGUCACACAAGCGCACCAAGCAUGAUGAUUGGCAGCAAGGCGGCAGCGAUUAUCAUAGAGGACCACAUGGCAUCUUAAUGAGAUGAAACAGUGCUGGCAUCGGCCCAGGACGACGGCUGAGGAGCAACGUCCGCAGCUUACGGAAGAUCUGUCGACGUUGGUGCACCACUGUGUGUGCGUACACAUGCGUGAAAUAAUGAAAUAAAAAUUAAUUUAGAAACCAUGA